GAGGCAGAGGAAGUGAGCGGAGGCGAAGCUGAGGUUCUGAGAGCGAUGUCUGGUGUUCUGUCCAACCUGUGCUACAGCGACAAGGAUGUGAAGGAUCUGGCGGCUGCUUAUCUCCGUGAUGGUGUGAAGGGUCUUCAAUCGUUCAUCGAGAGCAAAUUCAAGCAGUUCGCCAACGUGCAGCUUCGGAUUGCCGUGAUGGGUGAAUCCGGGUCGGGCAAAUCUUCCCUGAUCAACGCACUGCGCGGGGUGGAUCGGGAUGAGGAAGGGGCUGCCCCAACCGAUUGCACGGAGACCACCACUGAAAUAACACCUUACCCCCACCCCACCCUCCCUAACGUUCACUACUAUGACUUCCCCGGACUGAACACACCCAAAUUCCCAGUGAAAAAGUUCAUGAAGGAGACCAACUUUUCCCAGUAUGAUUUCGGCAUCAUUGUGACCGGCUGUCGGUUCACGGAGAACGACCAGUUACUGGCCAAGGCGCUGGAGAAGGCGGGUAAACCCAUCUACCUGGUGCGCUCCAAGAUCGACGACACUGUCAGGGCGGAGAGCCACAGGAAGGGUUACAACCAGGAGGAGAUGUUGCAGCGUGUGAGGGAACAGUGCAUCUCCUCACUGAAGGCGGCAGCGAUAAAGGAACCUCGCGUUUUCCUCUAUUCCGCCUUUGACCUGGAUCAGUACGACUUCCCCAAGUUAAAGGAGACCGUGGUGUCCAAUCUCUCGGAGACACAGAAGAAUCUAUUCCUGGUGUCUCUCCCCAACACAUCCGAAGCUGCGAUAGACAGUAAACGCGAUGCUCUGCGGCGUUUCAUCCAGAUUGUGGCCGUCGUCUCGGGGGUUAUCGGUGCAAUUCCCGUGCCGGGUUUGUCCCUGGCCUGUGACCUGGCCCUCAUUGCAUCGGGUAUCCUGAUCAUACGGCAGACCCUGGGUCUGGACGACAGGUCUCUGGGCAAACUGGCCCAGAGAGUGGGGACAAGUGUGGCGGAGCUGCGGAGAGGUACCGAGCACGACUGGGUGUUCGGGGAGAUCACCCGGAAGCUGGUGAUACUGUUGCUGCAGAGAAGCACCGUGGCGGCGGCGCUGACAGUUGCCGAGCGCGUCCUCAACUUUGUCCCCAUUCUGCGCUCUCUCUUUAGGGCGACAACGUCCUUUGGGGUGACUCUCGUGAUGCUGAACAAUUCACUGGAUGAAAUGGUGGAAACAGCUAAAGUCGUCCUGAGAAAUGCCAAGGCAGCAGCUUCUGCAGCUCCUGGUAAAGGCGCAGGUUACUGAGGGCUGUAGACAGGGCGGCCCCUGUUACCCUGCCCCCCGGGACAUUCCUGUUCACCCCCGUCCCAAGGAAUAUCCGCAGUGCCCCUGUCCCGAGAAAAAUUCUUGUUAACCCUUUGUCCAAGGAUUAUCCCCGUUACGCCCUGUACAAAAGGGCAUUCCUGUUCCCAUAUCCUUGGAAGUAUCUCUGACCCCUCCCAAGGAAUAUUCCUGAACCUUUGUUCCAAGGCAUGUCCUUGUUACACCCUCCUGAUAUCUAUUACACGGUCUCAAAGUCUUUCCCAUACCCUGUCCCCAGGUGAAUUCCUGUUAUCCCCUCGCCCUGCUGGGAAGUAUCCCUGUCACCCCGUGUCCGGGAGGUGUUUCUCCACAUUUGCUGCCUGACCCACUGAACUGUCCCCCCACUUCCAGAUUUAUCUCAGAUUUCCAGCAUCUGCAGCACUUUGCUUCAGAAUGCCUCACACUUUAAUUUUCAUUCAGUAAUCCUGAUGUGGAUGUUUAAUGCCCUCCUUUUGCACGGAUUGUCACCUGUAUGAUAAUCCUCUCCUCUAAGCUGUUGUGUAUUUCCAGCAUUUGAUGAUUUCAUUUCUGAUUUCCAACACUUGCAACAUUGCGUUUUUGUAGUUUCAAUAUUGUGAUCCUGACGUCCGGAUAAAGUGUUGGAAUGUUGGUCAUUCCCCAUUGAUCUGUGGGAAAUGUUGUCACUGGGUGCAGUGGGGGUGUGUUCACUCUGAAACACAAUUGGAUGGAGCUGUAAUCUCUCAGGAAUGGCCACCCCCACUGUCUUGACGAAGGGUCCUGACAUGAAACGUUGAUCGCCUGCGUUUCUCCACGGAUGCUGCCUGGCCUGCUGAGUUCCUCCAGCAUCAUCUUGUUUUUCAUCAACAUUUCAGCAUCUGCAGUCCUUGUUUCUCUGUCACUGCCUUUCAUGUAGGACAGGGUCACUGGAGGGUGACGCCAUUACCUGAAACCCCAGAGUCAGACCAUUUAUAUCCUACCCGUUCUUGGCCACCUGUUUUCUGGUGGACUCCCGACCCCUGGCCGGUGCAAACUACAGCAGUUGGGCAGUUGGGCAACGCUUACAUUCAGUGUCGGCUACCACACUAGACCAGCGUGAUCGAAGCUGAGGAACAGUAGGGUACCCUGGUGUUUUAAUCGUGCCCAGAAUUGUUCAGGAGAAGGAGUGACUGAGGGAGACACCCAGUUUAUUGCUCAUCACAAUUAUUAUCAAAACAAGCUUUAGUUGGAACUGGACAUGUUGGAUGGAGCCCAGCUCAGAGUAGUUGGGCUGAAUGUCAUGUCCAGUCAGGAUGUGUGUGGAUAUACCAGCCCUACGGUAGUUCUAUGCCCCACUGCUGUGUGGAUUCUUUUAUUCAUUUCCAGCAUUUCCACCAACAUUUAUUGCCUUGGACUUUUGGCUCCUCCGUUCAGAUUGCAGAAGACCAAAAGAUUCCUUCCGAACGGGAAGCCAGAUUGGUUUUACUGACAACCAAGAAUGUUCAUGAUCACCCACACUGAUCCUGCCUGUAAUCCCAAUACAUUCACUUCACUGAAUUUAAAUUCCUCAGCCCUACUGUGAUUUGAAUACAUCCUCCUGGAUUAUUUUGUCCGAGUUUCGAUCCAGUAUCCAAACUUGGAGGUCACUGUACACACCAUUUUUCAUCACAGCCCAAUUUAAUGUUUUUUUUCUGUUAGACUUUGAGCACGGGACUCCUUUUGUGGCGCUAGACGGAGUAGGUCGUAUCUUGGCUCUGCUCCUUUCACCUUUUGAUUUCUUGUACACCACCCUUUAAUAAGACUUUUAUAACACUUUUACAAGACAGAAUUUGAUUUUUAGUUGCUGGAAAUGACCACCAGAGCUAAAGCUGCAGCUGAUGGCAAGGGUAAUGGAGACCCUCAACUUACUUUGGAAGCUAUUUCUAAACUGGAUUAAAAGCCUGACCAGAGAUUUGCUACUUUGGAAACGUUGUUAAAGGACAUUGAAGACAGACAAAAUAUACUCACACAGGAGAAUGCUCGACAACAGCAAUUAAUUGCUCAACUGGAUGAAGCUGGCAAAGAGAGGGAUUGCAGACUGAGCUUACUGGAAAAAGAUUUGACCGCGACCAUCCAGAGGCUGGAACAGCAAAGGGAGAGGAUUACUGAUUUAGAAAAGCACAGUCAGAGAAAUAAUUUGAGUGUCAUUGGUUUUCCCGAAGAUGCUGAAACUGGUAAUCCUACUGAAUUCUUUUCUAGAGUUCUGAUGGAUGUGUUUGGCCCUGAAGAUUUUCUGUAUGUCCCAUACCUGAUGGUGCCCAUCGAGUGUUAAGACCAAAAUCCCCGGCAGAGCAAAAACCACGGCCAGUAAUAUUGAGGUUUCACUAUGUGAGUACCAAAGAGCAUUUGAUUUGAAUUGCUCGUCGUCAAGGAAUGAUCCAAUAUAAAGAUUGGAAGUUUCGUCUGGUUGAAGAUUACAGCCCAGAAGUUAUGAGAGAGAGACUGCGUUAAAAACCGAUUAUGUUGCAUCUCUAUCAAGAGAACUAUCAACCUGCAUUAGUGUUUCCUGCACGCUUGAGGAUUGUACUCCCAGGGAAAUCACACCGAUGGUUUAAUUGCCUCAAGGAAGCCGAAGAAUUCCUUCAACAGUAACUCUUGUCUUCAGAUUGUUAAGAACCGUGCUAUUCUUUGAUUUUUAUAUCUAUUUGGUUUGUUAGGUAAUAAUUAAUUUACAGACGUGAGCUUUUUAAGUUCAGAGAUAUUUUUCUUGCCUUCUGUUAAUACUUCAGUGCUUGGUUCUGGAACGUGGAUACUUAUUAUAUCUCUACUUAACAUUUCUAUUUUUCUUUUUAUUAUUUUACUUUAAUAUUUUUAAUGGCUUGGUUUGGUAAUAAUUAAGAAUCUGAUUGAGUGACUGAUCCUUUUUUUCCCUUUUGAAAUAAUAGUAACAUUGUAUUCUUUAAAUGUCGACUGUCAGUAUUUUCCUUUCUGUAGAACUCUGUUAGCAGUCUGGUUACUUUUCAAAAUUUGUGAUUUGGAUACUUGUUAUCUUUGUUUUGGCUAAUGGUGGUGUUUGGCAUUCCUUUUAAUUUGGAGAUCUGCCACCAAAAGAGGUGGGGUUAAGUUACAUAGUAGGUAUCAUUCUGGCUGUGUAUUGGCCAGUUUUGGGGCUUUAAUGAAUGGGGGGUGGGGCUGCUUUUAGGUUAGUUGUUUUUUUUCCCCUCUGGACUGAUAAACUACAAAUAUGUCUGAACUAUCGUCAUAUCUGGCUCCUUUGAACUUUUUUCCCUGUUUAGGAGUCUCCACUGCAAUAAGUUAACCCAUUGCAUACCAUACAAUUUUAGUCUGUUAAAAUGGAUAAGAUGAUGAAUUUUGUUCCAUGGAAUACAAUCGGUUUAAAUAAUCCAAUUCAGCGCAAGAAGAUCUUUAAAGUUUUUCAUAGAUUAUUUUCACACAGGAGACUCAUAUUAGGAGAGAGGAUAGUCAGCGCUUUUUUAGACUUUGGAGGGGUCAACUGUUUCAUUCUAAUUCACAAGCAAAGGUGAAAGGAGUCUCUAUUUUUAUAGACUCCUCGAUUUCAUUUGUUCAUCAUGAAACAAAUUCAAACCCGAAUGGUAGAUUUUUAUUAAUUACUAGCUUACUUCACAAUAAAAAAAUGGUUAUGGUUAAUGUCUAUGCACCUAAUGCUGAUCAUCCCAAGUUUUUUAAACAUUUAUUUGCAUCUUUUCCUAAUUUAAACGAAUAUACGUUGAUUAUGGGUGGAGAUUUCAAUUGCUGCUUAAACCCUUUGAUGGAUAGAUCUGUGUCGAAUCACAUACUUCCAAAUAAAUCCUCUGUCUUUAUUAAUUCCUUUCAAUUGAUUCCUGAGUUUUAGAAGUUUGGAGAUUUUUACACCCAUAUGAUAAAGAGUUUUCAUGCUUUUCUCAUGUUUAUCACAACUACUCCAGGAUUGAUGACUUUUUUAUUGACUCGCGAUUAGCUCCAUCUGUUACUAACUGUAACUAUGAUGCAAUCACCAUUUCUGAUAAUGUGCCGUUGAAACUGACAAUUAAAUUGGCAGACAUACCCUCUGGUAUCAGACAAGGGUGACUCAAUUCUUCUCUAUUGCAGGAUUUAGACUUUCUUCUGUUUAUUAAAGAACAGAUUUCCAUUUUCUUUUCACCUAAUUCUACAGAAGAAAUAUCCAGUGGGAUAUUAUGGGAUACCUCUAAAGCUUAUAUUCGGGGUCAAAUUAUUUCAUACUCUGCUGGAUUGAAACAACGAACUAAUAAUGAACUGUAUAUAUUGGCUGAUAAGAUCAAAGAAAUCGAUUGAAAAAAAUACUCUGAUGUUCCUAAUUUGGAGCUCCACAAAAAGAGAACUGAACUUCAAUUACAACACAAUUUAUUAUUAAGAUCUCCAAUUGAAAAUCAAUUACUCAAAACCAGGAGUCAGUCUUAUAUACAUGGUGAUAAAUCUGGUGAAUUGUUGUCCAACCGACUGAAAGCUGCUUUAAGUAAAUGUCGGAUUUUUAAAGUCCGUAAACGAGAUGGUAACUACACAGUGGAACAUGAUCAAAUUAAUAUUUUCAAGAAUUUUACUCUUCUUUAUAUCAAUCAUAAUUUCCUGAGGAUCCUACAUCAAUGCAUGAAUUUUUAAGGAAUUUGAAGACUCCGAAAUUAUCACUUAAUGAACGUACAAUCUUAGAUGCUCCCAUUUUGGAAGAAGAAAUAAAGAAUGCAAUUUCUUCAAUGAAUUCGGGUAAAACACCCGGUCCCGAUGGGCAGACAGUUGAAUUUUUUAAAUCCUUUUCUGAUCUUCUCUCUCCCUGGUUAGGUAAAAUUUUUAAAGCUGCCCUAUCAGUAGGUAAAUUAACACAAUCUUUUUAUGAAGCAAAUAUCUCUUUAAUUCUGAAAAAGGGUAAAGAUCCCAAUGAAUGUGCAUCUCACAGGCCUAUUACUUUAUUGAAUUGGAUUCCAAUUUUUUUUCCAAAAUAUUGGCUUCUAGACUGGAAAAGGUACUUCCACAAAUUAUUUCUGAUGACCAGACAGGAUUUAUUAAGAAUUGUUAUUUGCAUUUUAAUAUUAGGAGGUUAAUGCACACUGUAUAUACCCCUUCAUCUAUAAUCUCAGAAUGUGUUAUCUCACUAGAUGCCGAGAAGGCAUUUGAUACAGUUGAAUGGGAAUAUUUAUUCAACAUGCUUGAGAAAUUUAAUUUUAACCCAAAUUUUAUAUCCGCAAUUAAAUUGAUUUAUCAUACAUCUAUGGCUUCAAUACUUACUAAUAAUCAGAGAUCCCCCUUUUUAGGUGUUUUCGAAGCACUAGGCAGGGUUACCCUUAGAGUCCUUUAUUAUUUGACAUUGGCUUGAAACCCUUGUCAAUUUCCCUUCGUGAAUCUUCUAACAUAUUUGGUAUUACUCGUGGAGAGGGGAUCCAUAAGAUAUUACUAUCUGCAGAUGACCAGUUACUCUAUAUCUCUAACCUGGAGAAAUCUUUUCCUGCAGCAUCAUUGCUUGUUCAGUUCAGUGUUUUCUCUGUUUAUAGAUUAAAUCUUGAUAAGAAUGAACUUUUCCCAUUAAAUAUGCCAGUUCCAAUUUAUAGGCAAUUACCAUUUAGAUUAGUGACUGACUAUUUUACGUAUCUGGGUGUUAAAGUUACCAGGAAGCACAAGGACUUAUUCAAAGUUAACUUGUUACCUUCAAUUGAUCAUAUUAAAUGAUUGUUUACUAAAUGCUCCCCAGUGUCUCUAUCAUUGAUUGGUCGAAUUAACGAGGUUAAGAUGAAUAUUUUACCAAAAUUUUUGUAUUUAUUUCAGGCGGUUCCAACUUUCAUCUUGAAAUCCUUUUUUGAUUCUAUUGAUUCUAAAAUUCUUUCAUAUAUAUGGCAGAAUAAAAAUCCAAGGUUAAGUAAGAAAUAUUUACAAAAAUUAAAAAAGGAUGGUGGCAUGGCUUUGCCUAACUUUAGAUUUUACUAUUGGGAAAUUAAUAUUAGAUAUUUAAUUUUCUGGACGCAAGAUUUUGAUGUAAUUCAAUGUCCUCAAUGGGUGUAUCUUGAGUGUGAAUCAGUGCAAGGAUUUUCAUUAGCUGCUAUUUUAGGAGCCUCACUCCCUUUUCCAUUUACUAAAUUGAGUAAACAAAUGACUAACCCAAUACUUAAACAUACAAUACGAAUAUGGUUUCAAUUUUGUAAAUUUUUUGGAUUGAAUAAAUUCAUUUUAUCAAGUCCUAUUCAAUCUAAUUUUUUCCCUUCAACCAUCUGGAACUGAUUUCGCUUCUUCUUUAUGGAAAAUGAAGGGAAUAACAUGUUUUCGUGAUUUAUUCACUGAUAACUGUUUCAUGUCUUUUGAACAGUUGUCUAAUAAAUGCAAUUUGCCGAGAUCACAUUUUUUUUAUACUUACCGAUUAGAAACUUAAUGGAAGUCACUUUACCUUCUUUUCCGAUACUAUAGAAAACUGAAGUUAUGGGGAAAAUCAUUUAAAUCCUUAUCAGAAGGGCUUGAUAGCAAUAAUUUAUGAUCUGAUUAUGAAAAUGUCUAGAGACACUUGAUAAAAUUAAGAAUGAAUGAGAAAUAGAACUCCAGAUACUCUUACCUACAGAGACAUGGAAGAAAAUUCUCCAAUUAGUUAAUACAUCUUCAAUGUGUGCCAGACACUCUUUGAUACAGUUUAAGGUGGUACUGUUGAUCGCUCAAAUUUGAGGAAGUUUGGAAUCCAUUUAUUCAAUAUUUCCAUAUGAUAUUAACAGAACUUUUUCGAAUCCCAUUCAAUAAACUUUGAAUAUAGAGCACAGGAGCUGAUGACAUAAGAAUGUGUUUUUCUUUUAAUUGAAGAAAUAUCAGUCCAGUUUUUUUUAUCUUUGAAGUUUUUGGUUUGCUUUUGUUUAUUAUUAUAUUUUUGUUUAAUAUUCUAUUUUACUUUUGAUCUUGGGGUUUUCUCUUCAUUUAAUUAAAUUUCUAUUCAAUUAUUUUUCCCAUCAUGUACACUUAACAAGAUUGCGAGAGGUCCAGAUUAUAUAUUUCACUCCUUGUGAGUGUAAAUAUGAAAUGUCAUUACCGUUACCCCGAUCUUGUUGUAUCAUGUGUAUAAUCAUUAAUGUUAUGUACAUCAAUUUGAAUUAAUUUGAAAUUCAAUAAAAAGAUUGAAAAAGAAAGAAAGAAAGACUUUGAUGUACUUUUGAAUUAAGA